ACUGGCCUCAUCUGUGGUGGUCUGGUGGCUCUUUGAGGCUGGUGCGGAACGCAAGUUUGUAGUUAUCUACUACAUACCUACACUACCUUAAACAGUGUUUAUUUGUUUGUUUGAAAGUGUAAUCUCCGGGCCGAAUUGAAUAAUUCUUUGAAUGUGUAGCAUUAUUUGGUAAAACUUCAAUCUCCCGUAGGUACUUAAAAGAACAUACAUUUUUCAUAACAACAGAGUGGUAGCAGAGAUAACAAUCCUACGCAACAGGAUGUGUGUGUGUUUUUGAUUGAUAAUAGACCUCUGAUUUGAUAGCAAAUGCAAUGUUACGCCUGAUAUUCUGUAAACGAGUACAUAUAAAUUUUACUACCUACCCUUUUUUCUUUGCACUGGCGCUAGACAUGUGCAAUCAGCCUAGUUUCGCUCAUCAAACGACUGUUUAAAAGUACAUGAUGCUAGUGCAUUGUCGGCGCGAAUAUAUGGCGAUAUUCAACAUCUGAUGACAAGGUUACAAAUGCUGCAAGUGCUUGCACAUUGGAUACGGUGCUCGAGUAUGUGGUCAACGCGAUGUCUUGGAAUGUUCGGGUCACCUGUAGCCGACAAUUUGGAAACAGGCUAUCAUUGAUAAAAUUCUUCUUCUUUAUCAGCUGCACCAAUUUAUUUGCUUUCUUAUUCUGGUCCCAAGAAACAUAUAGACAACAUCAGUCGUCUUCCACUGAGAGUUUGGUUCAAGAGGCGAUCACAAAUGUCGGUCAUGAUUACAGAUAUACGGACUUAUACAGAAAGGUGAAUACCCUACCCGAAGAUUUUAAAUAUAUUCUAUUAUGGACUGAGAAAGACUACGCUCCUUUCUACUUCUACGGCGAAGGACAAAUAGCAUUUCUCAAAAACAAAUGUCAGGAGACUAAAUGCUACGUAGUCGCCGAUAGAAAUUUCUUUGGAGGUAACUUGACCAGGUUUGACGCAAUCGCUUUCAAUGGACGGAACAUGAACUCAAAAGACUUACCCAAGACCAGGUCUCGCCAUCAGCAGUACGUAUACUUUAACACGGAGUCAGCCGAUAACUAUCCCGUAUGUAAUAAAGUAUUUAACAGAUAUUUUAAUUGGACUUCUAGUUAUAGAAUUGAUUCCGAUAUUCCAUUUGGUUAUAUACUAAUCAAGAACAAACUAGGUGAUAUUGUUGGUCCAAACAAAAAAAUGUCAUGGGUGAAGACGCCAAAAUAUUUAGACGAGGAGUAUAUUGAUAUGAAUAGGAUAAGAAAUAAAACUAAAGCCGCGGCUUGGUUUGUGUCCAACUGUCGAAGUAGAAGCGGCCGACUUAGUUAUGUCAAAGCAUUAAAGAAUGCGUUGAAACCCUUCAAUUUAACAGUGGAUAUCUAUGGCAAAUGUGGCAAAUUAAAAUGUUCUAAAACACAUACAACUAAUUGCAGUGAAUUGUUGCAAAAGGACUACUAUUUCUAUAUGUCGAUGGAGAACUCUUUCGCUGAAGAUUAUGUGACGGAAAAAUUACUGACGGCGUUACGUAAUGAUGUUGUUCCCAUAGUCUACGGAGGAGCAGAUUAUAAUAGAUUUCUUCCACCAGGAUCUUACAUCGACGCCACGAAACACCAUGUUAUAAAAUUAGCAGCCAUGAUCAACGAUGCAAUGCAUUCCCCCAAGUUAUACAAUCAGUAUUUUUGGUGGAAAAAAUUUUACACAUACGAUACUCCCUCUAAAGAAAACAUUUGCGCAUUAUGUACAGCUCUCCAUAAUAAAACCAUGAUAAAGAAAAAUAAGAUUUAUGAUGAUUUUCGAAGUUGGUGGUACCCUGCAUAUGCAAAACGUUGCCAUUAAUUUGCCUAGUCAAGUGCGGUGUGAAGGUGAUUCCAAAAUACAAUAUAACUCGACCAGACUAGAGUACGCCACUAUACGAAAUUUUUCUCCCUAUUGUUCAUCAUCUACAAUACUUAUCAGUCUUAUUACCACUACUCUAAUUCAGUGAAGUGUCCAACUUCCAAGAGGUCGACUGCACAACUGUGUGCUGAAUGGAAUAGAGUUUUACAUUUUUUGCAUAAAGCAUCGACAUGGUAGACGGAUGGCCUAUAAUAGUAUGCCAUGUCACUCGACAGGUUGCUUCGAGCCCCGCGGGCAGAACUGAGACCCGCGUAACGGGGCUCCCUUGUCUUAGACAAGUUUGUACAGCUCUAAAACGUAUCCAAAAAUAUUUUU